AUGGGCACCACUUCUUUCUUGACAAGAGCCCAGAGGCUGCUCCGCAUCAGGAACCAGCUGGUGAGGGAGUGCUUGGGUGAGGUGCUGUCCACCUUCGUGAUGAUGACAAUCACCCUGGCCAGCGCUGCACAGAAGAUUGCCUUCUAUCAGACCAAGGGGAAUAUCAUGACCAGCUACCUGGGAGGUGCCCUGGGUGUCAUGGGAGGCAUCUACACAGCAGGGGGAAUCUCUGGGGCCCACAUGAACCCGGCGUUCUCCUUAGCCAUGUGCCUGAUAGAGCAGUUCCCCUGGUGGAAGUUUCCCAUCUUUGUGGCUGUGCAGAUUGUGGGAUCUUUCAUAGCUGCUGGAGCUGUUUACAUCCUCUACUAUGAUGCCAUCUGGCACCAUAGCAAUGGGACACUUACUGUCACUGGCCCCCAGGAAACUGCCUCCAUCUUCGCCACUUACCCUGCUGACUUUGUGUCUAUUGGCAAUGGCUUCUUGGACCAGGUGAUCGGCACAGGGGUGCUGAUAAUUGUUGUCAUGGGCAUCAUGGACCCCCGCAACAAGCCUGUCCCCAAGGGCCUGGAACCCGUGGUUGUGGCUCUCUUGGUGCUCUCCAUCGAGUGUUCCAUGGGGGCCAACUGUGGCUGCCCCCUGAACCCUGCACGGGACAUCGGGCCCCGGCUCUUCACCUACCUGGCAGGCUGGGGCCCAGAGGUCUUCAGCAGGGGCAAUGGUUGGUGGUGGGUGCCACUGGUGGCACCGCUGCUGGGCGCCGCCGUGGGCACGUAUCUGUACCAGCUCUUCGUGGCUUUCCACUACCCAGAGGAGAAGAGCGAAGUCCUGGCAGAGCAGGGCUCCAUCGUUCUGGUCAACACAGCCAUCAGCAGCGCAGACAUUGGGAGGUCACCCAAGGAAAGGGACUCUGGGGAGACAGAGCCUGCCGGCUAUCCCCCACCACAGAGCCCCAGCAGCACAGUGUCCCCCACAGUCCCUAUCACACCAUUAAAAGAGUCCUGA